AUGGCAAACCAGCUCGUCGGCGUCAACGCUGGAGUGCAGCUGGGUCCUCCCAACGGGCCGAACGAGCCACAGCCGCCCGAACCGCCUCCGAACGCUGACGUCUUCGCGGAUUUACCCGGAUUCUGGAACAGGAACCUGUCGAGGGGCGAUGGCCGACUUGUGAUGCUUUACUUCGCGCACCAGAGAAGUGCCACGAGCGUCGACAUCGUCCGCCGACCUGGACCUCCGAACUGGCGCGAGACGCACCUGCAGCCCUUCGAGAGGAAUUUCUACCGCGAGCACUUCAGAACGGCGUGGCGGUCUCCCGAGGCAGUGAAGGAAUAUCGAGAGAAAAACGGGAUAACAAUUGUGAAUGGACGCGGUGUCCCAAAGCCAGUGCUACACACUCACGAAGCCAACUUCCCCGCAUGCCUGGUCGAAGCCCUCGAGGCGAACAACUCCACCUCCUCUCCCACACCCGCUCAAGCUCAGUGCUGGCCCGUAGCGCUAAAGGGCAGAGAUCUACUCGCCGUUCUCGGAACCGGAGCCCAAGACAAGACCCUGGCUUAUAUCCUACCAGCCAUCGUUCAUGUCCUACACCAGCCGCGCCAAGAGCACCACCAGGGUUUCCAGGCACUGGUACUGACUCCGACACCCGAGGAAGCCCGCGAGAUUCAGCGAGUUGUGGGCGAACUCGAAACCUACACUGGCGUUCAUGCUACGUGCAUCUGCUCCGGCGACCCGAAGGACCGACAACUGAAGGAUCUGAGACGCGGCUUUGAAAUCUGCAUCGCGACACCCGGUCGUCUCCACAUGUUCCUCAAGGAGGACACGUUGGACAUCGGAAUGUGCACGUACCUCGUCCUGGACGAAGCGGACCGCAUGGUCGACAUGGGGUUCGAGCAGCAGCUCAUAUCUAUCGCCAGGUACGUCAGGCCUGAUCGGCAGACCACGAUGUGGAUGUCGAGAAAACCGAGGCACCUGUACCGGCUUGUUGAAGCACUGCUGAAUGACUAUGCUGAAAUUCACAUCGGAAUGUGUCGGGCCUCGCCAGACCAGGGCGUUGAACACGUCGUCCGCGUCUCUGCGGAGUCUGAGAAAGAGGCUGGACUUGUGGCGCUCGUAGAGGACAUUCUGGGCGGGCCAGAGGAAGCAACAACCAGAAAGGUCAUUGUGUUUGCCGAAACAAAGAAGCGCGUUGACGACCUGGUGCACAACCUGCGGCUCCGUGACUGGCCCGUCGUAGGCAUCCACGGCGGGACUUCGGAUAGUGCGCUGGUAUGGGCGCUGGCAGGAUUCCGCCAAAGCAAGACGCCCAUCCUGGUGGCGACCGAUAUGUCCACGAGCCAACUGCGCUCAGACAUCGUGCGCUUUGUGGUGAACUAUGACUGCCCGAGUAGCGCCGAUGCUUACUCGAGACGUAUCAACCACGCGCUGAACUCGACAGGUCAAGAGGCUGGUGUGGCUUACACCUUUCUUGAGCCGAACGACAGCCGAGGUGCCCGGCAGAUGAUCGGCAUCCUUCGUGCAGCAAAGGCAAAAGUCCCCCCGGAACUGUACGCGAUCGCAAAGGCAACGAGGCAGCGGAAGCGUGGAGUCAGCGACAUGUGA